GAGAGAGAGAGGGAGGGAGGGAGGGAGAAGAAACGGGGUGUUGCCGCCUCUGAGACUCACUCGAGCAUCACAGAGUAGCAGCAGCACGGUGAGGACGGAGCAUCCCUCCAUAUCCUUCUCUCUGGGGAAAACAAGGCGGCUUUAUUCCAUUAUUGAAGACGUACAGAACCCUUUACAUUAUUAAACCGAAUCAAAGCCGAGAUAUUGUGGAGAUACGCCGCAGCGUCGUCAUCGGGAGAGAUAGUUCACCGCCGGAGAGAAGAGAGAGAGAGAGAGAGAGAGAGAGAGAGAGAGAGAGCUUGGUGUGAACGCAGAAGGGACCGUUUCAGCACCUUGGACAGCGAACAUGGCUCCAAUGGUGGAGGAAGGAGCUCAGCUCGUGGCAGUGCCAGUAGGUGUCGCUGUGGUGAGCGUCUUCGGCCUCGUCUUCACUGUGUCGGCCUUUGCGUGGAUCUGUUGCCAGCGCAAAAACGGCAAAUCCCAGAAGACGCCCCCCUACAAGUUUGUGCACAUGCUCAAAGGGGUCGACAUCUACCCGGAGAGCCUCAGCGGCAAGAAGAAGUUUGCCGCGCCCGCCGCAACAACUAACGACGCCGGUAAAACCGAUGUUAACGGAAACUGCCACACUGUGUCGCCGAUGAGUCCGACCGGCACUGGUAAGCUGGCGACGAGUCCGAACGGUUCUAGACCGGCUCUGCAUCUGGAUCUGGAGAAACGGGAUCUGAAUGGCAACUUCACCACCAAACCGUUUCAUCACCACCACCAGAAGGUGCGCAGUUCCCCUGACCUGGAGCUGCCCUCUCCCCACGCGGGGUUCACCCAACCUGGGGUGAUGGACCGCCGGGACCUCCCUUCACCAUCCAGCGCCCUCUCCAGCCAGGCGCCCACCCCAGCUGUGGACAAGCCCCAGGGAGAGGAGAGGGAGGGCGGACUAGGGACCCUUCACUUCUCCCUGGAAUACCAGCCAGAGAGGAAGGCAUUCAUUGUCCACAUCAAGGAAGCCCACGGCCUGACCCCCACCGAUGAGCAGUCGCUGACCUCCGACCCUUACAUCAAGCUGACCCUGCUGCCGGAGAAAAAGCACCGGGUGAAGACCAGAGUCCUGAGGAAGACUCUGGACCCCGCCUUUGACGAGACCUUCAGCUUCUACGGGAUCCCUCUGGCCCGAGUGUCGGAGUUGGCCCUCCACUUCAUGGUGCUGAGCUUCGACAGGUUCUCCCGCGAUGAGGUCAUUGGAGAGACCCUUGUACCCUUGUCUGGGAUCGACUUGUCGGAGGGGCGCGUCCUGAUGAGCCGAGAGAUCAUCAAGAAGAAUAUCAAGAAGUCCUCAGGCCGAGGCGAGCUGCUGCUCUCCCUGUGCUACCAGUCCACCACCAACACUCUGACCGUGGUCGUCCUCAAAGCUCGCCAUCUGCCCAAGACUGAAAACAACGGACCCACAGAUCCGUACGUCAAGGUGAACAUGUACCAAGGGAAGAAGCGCGUGUGCAAGAAGAAGACCCACGUGAAGAAGUGCUCCCCCAACCCGGUCUUCAACGAGCUCUUUGUCUUUGAUCUGCCCUCCGACGAGGGCCUGAGGGACACCAGCGUGGAGCUGCUGCUGAUGGACUCCGAUACGGGCAACUCGCGCUGCCCCAACACUGUCCUCGGGCGCCUGGUGCUGGGCACGUCGGUGGCGGGCACGCCCGGCGAGCACUGGAGGGAGAUCUGCGACCACCCGCGUCGCCAGAUCGCCAAGUGGCACGGCCUGUCGGAGGAUUAGAACGCCGGGGUGGGGUGUGUUGGUGGAUUCUGUCGUCAAUGUCCGAGUCCGAUCUGGUCCAACCAAGGGGAGAUAUGGAGUGAGGAUGGGCGGGAUUUUUACCGUCCUGCUAGCCAGUACCCAUUGGACUUUCAGUGAGGGCGGGUGGGAAGCAAGGGGGUGGGGGGGGCUUUGGUGUUUGUGGGGAGGGCCAUUUGAAGUGAUGUCAUCAUUCAAUCAAUCAUUCAAUCACUUAUCUUUGAAGUUAUCGGGGUUCAGCGGGGGAGGGCGGGGCAUGACAAAGGGAACCCCAUAGCUUGAAAUGAUCCCAAAGACUGUCACCGAAAAUCACCUGGUAACAUGCAACACCAUCUCCAUGGCAACAACCAGUCGUCACUGUAACCGUGUGCAGUGCAGAAUGUCUUAAAUGUCGCUAUUACUCUUCUUCUUUUCUUCCUCUGCUCCCUCUUCUUCUUCUUCUUCUUCUUCUCUUUCUUCGGCUCUUCCUCCUAUAAAUAGUAACCUAAUCCAUCGUACGAAAACCAGAAUGAACCGCAUCUGACAACGCUGUAAAAAAUGUGGAUUAUUAAAAGUUUAUUUUAUAACGACAA